AAGUGCGGGCCCCGGAGCGGAGCCGCCAUCAUGGCCGACAAGAUGGACAUGUCCCUGGACGACAUCAUCAAGCUCAACCGCAGCCAGCGCGGCGCCGGCCGGGGCGGCGGCCGGGGCCCGGCGGCGCUCAGCGAGCUGCCGGUGUCGUUGCAGCCGAAGCAGCUCCCCGAGAAGUGGCAGCACGACCUCUUCGACAGCGGCUUCGGGGCGGGGGCCGGCGUGGAGACCGGCGGGAAGCUGCUCGUCUCCAACCUCGACUUCGGCGUCUCGGACGCAGACAUCCAGGAACUGUUUGCAGAGUUUGGGACCUUGAAGAAGGCGGCAGUGCACUAUGACAGAUCUGGCCGCAGCCUAGGGACAGCAGACGUGCAUUUCGAGAGGAAGGCAGAUGCUCUGAAAGCUAUGAAGCAGUACAACGGAGUCCCCUUGGACGGGCGCCCCAUGAACAUACAGCUGGUCACGUCACAGAUCGACACACAGAGGAGACCGGCACAGAGUGUAAACAGAGGUGGCAUGACCAGAAACCGUGGUGGUUCAGGAGGAUUUGGUGGUGGAGGAGGCAACAGGCGAGGUAGUCGUGGCGGGAGCAGAGGGAGAGGCAGAGGAGCUGGGAGAACUUCCAAACAGCAGCUCUCUGCAGAAGAACUAGAUGCACAGCUGGAUGCUUACAAUGCCAGGAUGGACACCAGCUAAGCGGCGGGCGCAGCGCAUGGGGGGGGCUGCGGCCGCCCGGCUCCGUGGUGCCGUGGGAGGGCCGCGGCCGGCCCCGCCGCCGAGGACGGGAUCGUUUUCCUUUUGGUUGGGAUAGGUUUUAACCUCGUGUAAAGGUUUUUUUUAAUGCCGAAGCAGACCCGUUUUGUACCGAGUUAUUUUGGGAUACAUUUUACUGGUUGCCUGCUGGCCGGGGUGGCUUUUUCACCUCGGCCGUAAUAAACUAGAACCGUGUCUAGA